UUACAUAAAAAGUGGAGUUGCCAUUUUGUGAGUGGUCGUGUCCAUUGUCCCAAUUAUGCAUCCGAUAUCAACAACCAGAAAAGAAAAAAAAAAGAUAAUCACCCAAACAACGAGCAGAACAAUAAAAGAAAAGCAUGGGUUAAUUUAAACUUUAACUGAAAUUCACUUUCUACUAGUUUAAUCUUCAAUUAUACCCCAACCAAACAACUUAAUAUGAAGUUCAUUGAUGAGAUAGAUAUUGAGUUAGUGAAUCAAGAAUUAAACUUUAAUUCUCAAGAUAAUAGUUUAGUUAUCAAAGGUGGAUGUGAUUUAUUUACUACUAAACCGAUUGGGUCUGAUCGUAAAUUAUUUAAAACGAUUGAUAAACAUUUAGAUCAAAUCAUAGAGGAUAAUCAAUUAUCUCGUUCGAUUGAAUGGGAAAGAAAGAAUUCAAUCCAUUCAUUAUUUGGUAGUAGUGCUUCUCCACCGGCUAGUUUUAUCAAUAGAAGAGAUAGUUAUUCAACCAUUACUGAAAGAGAUAGAAGACAAAGUAGUACUAGUAGUAGUAGUACCACCAAUUUUUCAAAAUCAGGUAAUAUAAGUAUAAUCACUACGGCUCCUUCUAAUGAUACGAAUAUAAAUAAUACCAAUGAUAAUGGAAAUGGAACUGCUACUUCAUUAUUAACUAAUUCAUUGAAAGGUGAAACUUCAUUUGAAUUAGAAGGUCCUAUUGAUGAAUCCCCUUUUGGACCAUUAAAGAAUGUUACCACUAGAAAGACCUUUGCUUAUUUAAUUGCUAUUUUAAAUACUACAUUUCCUGAUCAUGAUUUUUCAAAUUUACAACCAACUACAGAAAAUUUUCAUAGAAUUCAUAAUCCAGAAGAUUUAAUUAAUCGAUUUAAUAAUAUAAUGAUAUCAUUAGGUAAAAAGGAAGAUAUUUUAAAUUGGAUAUGGGAUACUAUAAAUGUUUAUAUGGAUGUUCUGUCUCCCAUUAAGAAUUCUCCAUCUUUAUCAGCUCAAUCAGGAGGUCCUAUACUAUCAAAUUCAAGAAAGAAUAGUUUUAAUAAUAAUAAUAACAACAAUAAUAACGGUAGUUCACAUCCUUAUUCAAGGAGUGGAUCAACUACUUCAAAUAAUGGUAAUAAUUCCCCUCCUAUCGCUUUCAAUCCUGAAUUAUGUCAAAUUUAUCAAUUUCAACCCAGUGAUGAAUCUAUAUUAGAAGAUUUAAAUUAUCCUUAUCAAACCAUGUGGUCUUAUUAUUGGUUUAUUUAUAAUAAAAAGAAAAAGAGAGUUGCCUUUGUUUAUUUAACUGCCAUUAAUCAAAUUCAUUAUUCUACUAUAAAUAGUAGUAAUGGAAAUGGAAUUCAUAAUGGAAAUAGAAAUAGUGAUAAAGAGAUAAUUCGUCAUGAAGAUGAUGAUGAUGAUAUCGAUGUGGUGUAUGAUGAUGAUGAUGAUUCAAGAUACCUCGAUGAAGAUGCCAUCCUUGAUGAUGAUGAAGAAGAUAAUGAUGUGAUAGGGGAUAUAGAAAUUUGAAUUAAUUAAAAAAAAACUAGGAAAAUACUAACUUAAUCCAUAAAAAAACACAUAAGAAACUAGAGAAAACCAUACCCCAAAAAAAACAAAAAAAUAACAAAUGUUCAAGUACGUACUUUAUUUGCUUGGACUAAACUGUGAUUAUUCUAAUUAUUGUUGUUGUUUAGCUGUUGACUAUUUAUUGUACGUUUGCUAAUUGCUAUUAAUAAUUUAUUAUACCUUUUUUAUUUUAACUUAUAUAGUUGCUCUUUUUUGAUAUCUAUAUUAUUAUACUUCUUCACAAUUAUUUGAUAUAUAAUGCAUUAUUUAUACUUUAUUUAACAUGAUAAAAUCCUAAUCAGAAUUUGA